AUGGCAGACAACGCUACCACCACGACCAUGGAGGUCGACAUGUCCUCCAUGAUGGACGGCAUGUCGGGUAUGUCUGAUGCGAUGGAUCAGAUGGCCAACAUGACGGCGACCAUUGUGGACUUGCAAGCUCAGAUUGAUGACAUGAUGGCCUCGAUUGAUCUAUUCUUUGUCUUGACCAUGGGAAUUGUGUGUUUCCUCAUGCAAGCUGGAUUUGGUCUGCUCGAAGUCGGAAGUAUCCGCGCCAAGAAUGCUUCCAAUAUCAUGUUGAAAAACUUGAUGGAUGCCUCGGUAGCAGCCAUCGCAUACUACCUGUUCGGAUACAGUGUUGCCUAUGGAGCCGGAGGAAACGGCUUUAUUGGUGGCUCGUCCCUCUUGGCACUCCGAGGAGACCAGAUCUCCACUGUCGACUACAUUUACUGGUUCUUCAACUACGUCUUUGCUGGAACCACCGCCACCAUUGUUUCGGGUGCCGUGGCGGAACGAUGCCAAUUCCGUGCCUACUUGGUCUACAGCUUUGCCUUGGCGGGCUUCAUCUACCCCGUUUGCUCACACUGGAUCUGGGAUCCCAAUGGCUUUUUGAAUGGCAAGGUGUACGAUUUUGCAGGUGGCGGUGCCGUUCACAUGGUGGGAGGAGUCGCUGCAGCGACGGCAGCCUUUAUCCUGGGACCUCGAACCGGAAAGUUUGUGAUCGAUGGGGAAACCGGCAAAAAGGUAGCGGUCAAUAUUCCAGGACACAACGUUACCCUGGCAGUUUUGGGCACGCUUAUCCUGUGGUUUGGUUUCUUUGCCUUCAAUGGAGGCUCCUCCUAUACGAUUGCCGGAGAGGCCCAGUACAACGCAACGGGAAGAGCUGUCGUUGUCACGACUCUAGGAGGCGCAUUCGGAGGCGUAGUCACCAUGAUCUGGGGUUUCUUGGCUACCAAAUCUUGGGAUAUUGGCUGGGUCAUCAAUGGACUGCUGGGUGGCAUGGUUGCUACAUGCUCCGGAGCCAAUGCCUUGGAACCUUGGGCUGGUAUCAUCGUGGGGGUCCUUGGAUCCAUUGCAACGCAGUCCCAAGUUCUCCUUUUUGAACACGUCCUCUUUAUUGACGAUCCUCUCAAUGCGUCUGCCGUUCAUCUAGGAGCCGGAGCGGUGGGAAUGGUCUUUGUGGCAUUCAUGGCCAAUCCCGAAUUUGCGGGCGAAGAGUUCACCGGUAUUUUCUAUGGUGGUGAAUGGAAGUUUCUAGGAUACCAAUUCAUGGGCAUGGCUGCCUACACGGGCUGGACCUUGGGAACUUCGGGCGCCAUGUUCUUUGCUUUGAAGUCAAUCGGUUGGUUCCGUGUUCAUGAAGAAGAAGAAAGGGUGGGUGUGGACAAGUCCCACCAUGGAGGCAGUGCGUACCCUGUUGACGAUGAGCACGAGGAGAAACAAAGCUUGACGGGCGCAGACAGCAUUGCCAGCAAGCGCGAGAGUCCUGAACCCAGCGAGCAUAUGGAGAUCAACAACGAGGUUGCUGCUUAG